AUGGAAUACCAGCCGCUGAGGCCCCAAGCGGGGCUCGCAGCGCCGACGGGCACUAAAGGCCCGUCCGAAUCUUUGUACUGGCGAAAACAGUUCCAGUCGCCUGUAUUUUUAAAAGAAUUUGCGCCUGUGACGUGCGUGAGUUUCGUUCCACCGGUAAGUCAUUUGGCGAGCGCAGCGGUGGAAGAGGCGCCCAGUGCGCAGUCCAGCUCACGGAGCCGCUUUGCGGUGACUACAGGCACACGUAUGCAGAUAUACAGUAUGCGCACGAGCCGUGUAGUAAAAACGAUUAUGCGUUUCAAGGAUGUGGCACGCAGCGCGCACUUUCGCUCCGAUGCGCGGCUCCUUGUCGCGGGCGAGGAUACGGGACGUGUCCAAGUAUUUGAUACCAACUCGCGCACGAUUUUGCGCUCCUUCAAUGGCCACAACCUCCCGGUGCAUGUAUCCAAGUUCUCGAUCGACCCGACACAGAUUCUGACCGCGUCGGACGACCGGAGCGUCCGGCUGUGGGAUAUGCCUGCGCAAGCUGAACUCCGGCGCUUUGAGGGGCACUCGGACUAUGUACGCGCGGCAACAGUCUCGCCAGAUAACCCAAAUUUGCUUUUUUCAGGCUCGUACGAUACCACUGUGCGUCUCUGGGAUGUGCGUAUGGCCGAGCGCGGCGGCGAAGCAAUGCGCAUGGAGCAUGGCGCGCCCGUAGAAGACGUGCUUAUUUACCCCACUGGCGGCGGCGGUAUUGCUCUGAGCGCGGGCGGUCCUGUUGUGCGUGUAUGGGACAUGCUUAGCGGCGGACGAUGCACGCAUGCAAUUUCGAACCACCAAAAAACCAUUACAAAGCUCGCACUCUCCACCGAUUCCGGCGCGGGCUUUACAAGCGAGUCGGGAUGCGGCGGGAUGCGCCUUUUGAGCGGCGGCCUGGAUCACCUCGUCAAGGUCUACGAUCCCGCACAAGACUACCGUGUCACGCACACGAUGCGCUACCCCGCGCCCAUCCUGAGCCUUGCCGUGAGUCCGGACGAGAGCCAUAUUGUUGCGGGCAUGGCCGACGGCACGCUGUGCAUUCGGAAACGCGAGCUCAAGGCCUCGGAGGUAGAGCGGCGCGAUCGGCGCCGUGCGGCGCUGCGCACGGGCGCCUACGAGCACUUCUUUGACGGUACAUCGCCUGCUGCGCAUGCGCCGCAGCGUGCAAGUGUCGCGACGCGCGCCGAGGAGCUCUCUGUCGAGUCUACGCGGCGGAAGCGGCUGAAAGAGUACGACCAAUUGCUCAAGGCUUUCCGGUACCGCGACGCGCUUGACGCGAGUUUACAGCAUGGCGUGCCUGCGGGCAUCACUUUUGCGUUGAUCAUGGAGCUCAUUCGUCGCUCGCCGAGCGGUCAGGCAGACGGACUGCGCCGCGCCAUUUCGGGUCGCGAUGACGUCACACUCGAGCCGCUGCUGCGCUUUCUUUUGCGACACGCUACGAACCCGCAGUACACCUCGUUAGUAUGCGAUACACUGAACAUGGUGAUCGAUACGUAUGCAUCUGUUCUGGGGCAGUCGCCGAUUAUCGACGACUUGUUCGGGCGUAUCUGGGCAAAGCUCUCGGAAGAAAUGCGGCUCCAGAACCAGCUAUUUCAAGUAAAUGGUGCACUGGAGAUGAUCCUUGCGCGGUCCGCACUGGGCGCCGCGUCUGCAUAG